GAGAAGGAGAAGCAGACAAGCGGCGUCUCCUGGAUACCGAGAGAAACUGAGCAGGAGGAUUAAUGUGGAUAUAAACAUUAUUUUAUUAUAAAGAACAUUAAUUAUUAACGGGUUAUAUUCAUAAAUGUCAUGCUGAGAAAUGACUGAGGUGAGUGAUCCCCUGCAGGUGUCUCUCAGCGUGGUUGGAGCGUUGGAGUGUGUGGUGCGGCGGUGUGUGGGGCCGAGCGGAGGGUCUGUGAUCUUCACAAAAGACACGGGACAAACUUUAAUCACCAAACAUGGACACCGCAUCCUCACUGCACUACACCUGGAGCAUCCUGUAGCCAGGACUGUGUUGGAUUGUGUGUGUUCACAUCAUUGUGUUACUGCAGACGGUUCGAAGUCGUUUAUCCUCCUGUUAGCUGCCCUGCUGAGGGGAAUCCGUGACUCUGUGCACGACUCUGCACACGCACACCGCCGCCACACCUCCUGGAAACUGGCCAAUCAGCUCCAUGCAUUCUGCUGGCAAGGGUUGGAUGAUGUCAUAGCUCAUGGCGUCGUUCCUUAUGCCUCAUCUCUGUUCAGAUCGGGCGGAUGUGAGCUGAAGGGCGGAGUCUUGGCUGCGUUGGUGGGUGGGUACAUUGGUGGGCGUGUCAGUCCUGGUCAGGCGGAGGUUCUGACGCCGCUGCUGUGUGAGCUCUGCACACGGGUCGGACAUGGAGACAUGGACAGUUCGGCCAUCUCAUUUAUUCACUCGAACUUCUCUAGACUGCACGUGGCUGUGCCGGGACUUCACAGCAGCCAAUCCCGUGUGGUGGAGGGUCUCCUGCUGCCUUGUGAUUGGUCUGUUUGGACAGAGACGCACGGCCCAGUGAAGGUGCUGGUUGUUUUUGAGAGAUUAGAUACACGCUAUGAUGCGAGCGUGAACGUUCGGUUUGAGAAGCACUGGACAGUUCAGAGCGACGGCGUCAUACAGGACAGAUUGGCGGCGAUCCUGCGGCUCCACAUCAAGGUUGUGCUGUCGGUGGUGAAGCAGCCGAGCUGUGUGCUGGAGUGGGCGGGGCUCAACGGCGUCUCGGUGAUGGAGUGCUGUGAUCCGGAGCAGCUGGAGCUGCUGUGUGAACUCAACACGGCACAAAUGCUGACAGCACAGCCACUGAUGCGUGUAGGGACGCUAACACACUGCUGCCGCUUUCAGCUCGGAGGACACAGAUACGCUAACGUUGGGGUUAAACACACGUCACCACACACGUCACUACACACUUCACUACACACGUCACCACACACGUCACCACACACUUCACCACACACGUCACCACACACGUCACCACACACGUCACCACACAUGUCACCACACACGUCACCACACACGUCACCACACACGUCACCACACACGUCACUACACACACACACCCUGGUGCUGUGUGCGCCUGCUGCAGGACCGCUGGAACAAAACGUGAGCGUGAGCAGAGGUGUGUUCUCCAUGCUGCAGCAUCUGAACCAGUCUCACAGACACAGCAACGUCUUACCACCUCCUCACCAGCAGAGUCUCACGUCCUCACAGAGUCUCACGUCCUCACAGAGUCUCACGUCCUCACAGACUUUCACGUCCUCACAGACUCUCACGUCCUCACAGACUCUCACGUCCUCACAGACUCUCACGUCCUCACAGAGUCUCACGUCCUCACAGACUCUCACGUCCUCACAGACUCUCACGUCCUCACAGACUCUCACGUCCUCACAGACUCUCACGUCACAGCUGCACUCAUCGUGUCCAAACUUGUGCCAAUGCAUUUUAAACGCUGGUGAUGUCAUCCCUGUGGGAGGAGCUUUCGAGUGUCUGUUCCAUCAUUCUUUGCUGCACAGUAACCAUGGUGACCGCGACAGCCGUAGGAUCCUAGCCGAGGCUGCACUGAGCGUGCCCAGAUCUCUGCACGCUGAGAGACCGGGAGAUUUCCUGAAGCAACUCAUGAAUUUCAAGAAUAACCAGCUGCACCACUGUCCAAUCAGAGAGCAGGGCUCGGGGUCAGAGUUCACGUGGUGUUGGGGGGCAGAUGGUCCCGGGCGUGUGUGUGUAGAGCCGGUCUGUAGUAAACACCAGUUGGUGGCAUCUGUGCUGCAGUGUGUGAACAGACUGUUGCGUGUGGAGACAGUGAUACACACAGUGAGACCGCUCGCCCUCACAGCAUUGCCUCGGCCUCAACAUGAACAUGAUGAUGAUGAUGAUGAUGAUGAUGAUGAUGAUGAUGAUGAUGAAGACGGGAUGUGACACCAUGUGACUGAUUUCCUCCCAAAAGGACCUGCACUUUUACAUCAUUAUUAUAAUAAUCUAUAAAUAUGUAAAUAUGAAACUCUCAGCUCUGCCAUCCAUAAUGUUCAUUUUAUUUAACAGCAGACAAAAGUGUUACCAUGACAACCACCUUCUCAUCAUCGCUAACAUUAACAUGGGACACAGCUAAAGGUUUGUAUAUGAGACUCGACUGGGCCGAAGUGACAUCACAAUCUGCCAUCAGACUCACUGUAAUCACAGUUACACAACUGUUACACAAACACUACACACACAGUUACACAA